AUGAUACUUCCUCGUGGAACACCAUACCAUACGGUCGGUUGGACGAGCUCAGGAGCGAACCGGUGGCGCGAGACUCCCACUAGGAGAUCCCCCAGAUCUGUGAUCUCUCUCGCGCGCGCGUCAAUGGCAUCGGUGGACGCCGGCGACGUGCAGGCGGCGCUGGCGCCGGUGAGCAGGGCCACUGUCUCGCACGUCAUCUUCGACAUGGACGGCCUCCUCCUGGAUACGGAGGGAUUCUACACGGAAGUGCAGCAGAAGUUCCUGGCGAGGUACGGCAAGGUGUUCGACUGGUCAGUCAGGGCCAGGAUGAUGGGCAAGAAGGCCGCCGAGGCGGCGCGCAUCUUCGUCGACGAGUACGGCCUCGCCGGCCUGCUCACUCCGGAGCAGUUCCUCGAGCAGCGCGAGAGCAUGCUGCAGGAGCUCUUCCCCUCCUGCGCCAUCAUGCCCGGGGCACUACGCUUGAUUCAUCAUUUCCAUGCAAACAAGAUACCUAUCUGUGUUGCAACAGGAUCCCAUAAAUGUCAUUUUGGACUGAAGACACAGAACCACCAGGAAAUGUUUGCCCUGAUGCAUCAUGUUGUCAUGGGGGAUGAUCCAGAGGUUAAGGCCGGCAAGCCAUCUCCUGACAUUUUCCUUGCUGCCAUGAGGAGGUUUGAGGGCAAUGAGGAAACCAGUAACUGCUUGGUCUUUGAAGAUGCACCAUCAGGUGUAGCAGCAGCUAAGAAUGCAGGAAUGCAUGUGGUGAUGGUCCCAGAUCCGAAGCUGGAUGUUUCAUAUCACAAAGAAGCCGACCAAGUUCUCGGUUCCCUGUUGGAUUUCGAACCGACCGAAUGGGGCUUGCCACCUUUUAAAGAGGAGUGA